UUCAUAAAUAGUGAUAGUACGUAAAUUUCGUGAACGCAUGCUGUCGCCAUAUUUGCAGAUUUUUGUGUGUGAUGUUGCCGAUUUUAACGAAGUUCAUUGGAAGUUAAGGAGUCUUGUGAGAAUUCCUUAUCCGGGAUAAUGUCAAGUGACCACCGCAACUUCACCAGUGGCGUGGAUAAAUGCAGUUGAGUCGUACCCACCAGGGGAAAACCAGUAAAUCAAGUGCGUGGCCCCUACAAAAGAACUUAGUAGAUAAAGCAGCUACUUGUCCAGCAGUGUAAAGCAGCUUAUGUCAAGAUCUAAGAAUUCUUUUUGAAGAUUUCUUCAGUCCGGUGUUGAAGUUAAAGAUCUGGCUGAGUGCGGACAAUUGAUUCAUCAUGACGAUCAUUCUGCGAUUACAGCAACUGCCAUGGUCGGCAACGUCCAUGGACAUCCGGCGCUACUUCACCGGAUUGAGCAUCCCCGAUGGAGGAGUCCACAUAGUCGGUGGGGAAAAUGGAGACGUUUUCAUUGCAUUCUCAUCUGAUGAGGACGCCCGUAGAGCAAUGCAGAUACAGGACAGGCCACUCUGUGGUAACAAGAUUGUCCUGAUGCUGAGCAGUAAAAAUGAGAUGCAGGAGGUGAUUGCUCGAAAUAGAGCGGUGUCUCAAACCAAGUCAGAUCCGUUCCAGCAAGAUAGCCCCGGUCAGAGCCCAGGCCCUUCCAGUCAGCCGUUGAUCACCCCUGGGGGAGAUUCUCUCGAUCAAAACAGAGAUUAUGAGGGGUUCAAAGAUCCGAAGAAUCAGCAUCCCAGUGCCCAGUUUGAACCCAAAGGUCGAAAAAAGCCUCUACUGCCCAGUGAAGAUGCUCGAGUUCCCGGCCUUCCUCCUCGGAGACCAGGUGGAGAUAAAUCUUUACUUGGAAUGCCUCCAUACAGCAACCAACAUGCUGACCCAGCUCUUGGGAGACAACCUCCUGGUUUUAGCUCUGACCCUCCGAUAGUUGGGAGACGUGAUGAAGGGUAUCCAGAUUUCAGGAGAGAGGGUGAGCUGGAAAACAGGCCACCCGGUGGUCCUGGAUCACAUAAUGUCGGUCCUUUUGGUGCUGGGAAAGAAAGACAUUUCGGGGAGCAGUCAAUGGGACAUUCCUUCAGAGGCCAUGACGUAUUUCCAAAGCAUCACCCUGGUCAAAUUCCAAGUGAUAUGGAUUCACGAAUUCCAUCUGGUAGAAGACCACCUCUUCUUGAACAUGAACCGGGCAGACCUGAUGGGAGACCGCCGUUCGGGCCUCACAGUGAUCGUAGAGAAGGCUUGCUUGAUGACCCUCAGAGCAAGCGAUUCAAAAGAGGAUCAGAACAUGAUCAAGCAGCUCUAUUCGGAAAAGGUCCAUUGCAUCCAGAAAAAGAGAACUUUGGAAAGCCAAAUGUACCAGGCAGGUUUGAUGAAGGUAAACAUUGGGAUAGGCCAUUUGCAGAACCCCAGUCAGGAUUUCCAAAGGCCCAUAAGGAUUCAGAAGGAUUCCCAAGUAACAAUGGACGUGGAGCUGCCAAAGGAGGAACUGAAAGAGGGUCUAUGCGUAGGAGCCGCUUUGAGCCUGAAGGACAAUGGGAUCAAAAGGGAGCAGGAAUGGCGGAGGAAACGGGCAGAUUUAAAGGGGAUCCGUUUGGUCUGAAUGAAGGUUUUGAUGAUCCAAAAGUGCCACCUAGUGCUACAAGAGAUCACUCAAGCGAACGGGGUGGCCUAGAUAUAGGAAGGAGGGGACCGGUACUACAGCAAAUGGGUCCAGAAGGGUACAGGAAAGGAGAUGAACCAUUUGCUGCUAGUAACAGGAAUCGAAAUCAGCACAUGGAUGACCGAAUGGUUCCAGGAGAUCAAAGAGGACCAGAACGCAUGGGGAGAGGAGAGCGCAGCAGUCCAGGAGAACAGAGAGGUCCUAGAGAUGAACGCAGAGGAAGAGGAGAUCAUAUGAGCUUUGAUGAACACAGAGGACCAGGGGAGCACAGGCAUCCUGGAGAUCGUAUGGGUUUAGAUGGACUAGGACGUCCAGGAGAGAGAAGGGGUCCCAGCCAUCUUGGUCCAGAGGAAAGCAGAGUUGUAGGGCAGCAAAGGGGUUCAGAUGGUCCUUUUGACCGCAUGGGUCUGGGUAAUCGCAUGGGUCCUGGAGAUGACAUGGGUCCUAGAGAUGGCAUGGGUCCUAGAGGAGGCAUGGGUCCUGGAGAAAGCAUGGGUCCUAGAGAUCACAUGGGUCCUAGAGAUCGUAUGGGUCCUGAGCAUGAAAUGGGUCCAGGAGUUCGUAGGGGUCCUGAUGGACAUGGUGGUCUUGGAGAUCGUAUGGGUCCAAGGGAUCAUGCUGAUCCAGGGAAUCGCAGAGGUUCUGUUGAGCACAUGGGUCCUGGAAAUCGCAUGGUUCCUGGAGAUCGCAUGGGUUCUGGAGAUCGCAUGGGUCCUGGAAAUCGCAUGGGUCCUGGAGAUCACAUGGGUCCUGGAGAUCGCAUGUGUCCUGGAGAUCGUAUGGGUCAUGAAGAUCGCAUGGGACCAAAAAAUCAUAGGAGACAGGAUGAUCGCAGUGAGCCCAUUGGUCCGAGAGAUCGCUUUGGUCCAGGUGAUCGCUUUGGUCCAGGUGAUCGCUUUGGUCCCGAUGAGCCUUUUGGUCCAGGUGAACAUUUUGGUCCGGUUGAUCGAAUGAGUUUGAAUGAUCCCAUGGGUGAACACAUUGAUCGCAGGGGCCCAGGCGGACGUAUGGAAGACCAAUUUGUUCCAAGUAAUCGGUUUGGAAUGGAGGAAGAUUUUGGUCCAGGUAAACGUAUGGGUCCAGAUGGCCCUAAAGGAAUUGGCUCUCGCUUUGGUCCAGAAGGAAGAUUUGGACCACCAUCUGAUCGGGGUCCUCAAGAUGAUGUGGAACAACCAGAUCUAUGGAGUUUGAGGGAUCCCCGUGAUAGAAGAGAACUGAAAGAUCGUCCAAGUGACCAUUUUGAUCCAAGAGGGACAAUGGGGUAUGAAGGAGACCAGUGGGAGAAAAGAGAUAGAAGACCUGCCCUUUUAGGUGAUAAAGGACUACUUGAGGUAGAAGGUCGGCCGAGUCCAAGAGGUCCCACAGAAUUUGGUCCAGAUGUUGGCAUAAGAUCAGACAGUCGGAUGAGCCCAGGAGAGAUGGCUAGAGAGGACCCCUUGAUUCCUGAAAGGUCACACAGAGAUCAGCAUGGUCCAAAUAACAGGAUGAUGCCAGGCGACUACAUGGGAUCAAGAGAAGUUCCGAGUUUCCGUCAUGAAAGUCAUUUGGGCUCAAGUAGUCCAGGAAUGCAUGAAGAAAAAGCAAGGGACAGUGAUAUGAGAAGAGGUCCCGGAGCACGCCAUCUUCUUGAGGGUCCUUCAACACACGGAAACGUCUCUGCUAAACAUUCUGAUUCCAGAAAAAAAUCCAGUGCUCCUGCUUUUGUGCGUGUUACAGGCAUGCCAUUUGAUGUAACUGCAGAAGACAUAGUUACAUUUUUUGAUGGCUUGCGUAUUGCUGAGAAUGGCAUCCGUUUGACUUUGGAUAGCUCUCGUAACAAACCAAAUGGCAAUGCCUACAUCAAGUUUGUCAGUGAGGAAGAUGCAUCAAAAGCCUGCAAGCUCAGCAUGAAAUACAUGGGGAAAAGAUACAUUGAGGUAAAACCAUGUCGGAAGGAAGACUGGGAUAGUUCACAAAAAUUUUCUGUCCCACCUGCUGAGUAUCCAUUGGAGGUUCCAAAACACAGUCGUAGAUCUCGAUCCCGCUCACCUAUUCGUUCCACCUGUGUUGAGUUGCGGGGCCUACCACACCAUGCAGACAUCCAACACAUCAAAGACUUUUUCUAUGGUUUAGAUGCUGCCAAUGAUAAAAUAUACAUUGUACAGGGCGAUGAUGGUCGUUCAACUGGUAUUGGUUAUGUCGAAUUCCCAGAUAAUGUGACAUUUGAGAAGGCAUUAAGAAAAAAUGAAAGUUAUAUUGGAAGAAAUAUGGUCGAAAUAAAGCCAAUAUUCAAAGAAGUCAUGAAUGUACGCAUUGUUGAAAAUACGAAGCGCAUCCAAGAUAGACAAGCAGGCAGUAGAUCAUCAUCCAGCACAAAAGAAAAGAGCACAGGAUCAAGAGGAUCAUCCUCGAAAGACGUCAAAACUUCUGGGUCUAAAGAUCGCAAUGCAAGAGAAUCCAGCUCAAGAAGUUCAAGGGAUCAAGAUUCUCGGCAAUCAUCUAGACAUAAUAGAGAUAGCCAAAGAACCAGUGACCGGGAGUCAAGAUCAGGCGACUCUCAGCGAUCUGCCUCCAAGAGCAGAGACCCACCUAAAGAUGCCAGCUCACGAUCAUCAGAUUCCCAUAGUCGUUAUGCAGGAGAUUCAAGUUCACAGAAGCGAGACACUGAGUCUAAAGAUCAAGAUAACAGACGACCAGGACUCGGAUCCAAGCAAACCCCAAAAGCUACUGAAUUAAAACGCCCAGAGAACACCUCAAAAGAUGUUACGCCAAGGUCUCAGCAGGAUUUACAGUCCCACCCAAAUAAAACAGGGAAAUCUCCAAGGGAUGUACCGCAAAGGGAUACAGCCCCAAAAGAUGCACCCCCAAGAGAUGCACCUCCAAGGGAUGCACCCGCUAGAGGUCUUAUCAAAGAAAUUCCCGAGCCUGUUCCAAAACUGCUGGCUCAAAAUCCAAGAGGUGUGGAGGAACGAAGGUCGCCCGGUCUUGAUGAAAAGUCUUGCAUCAGCAUGCGCAACAUGCCGUACAACACAUCCGAUGAAGAAAUCCACAACUUCUUUCAGGAUAUGGAAAUUCAACCCCUGAUGGUACACUUCUUGAUCACACCGGAUGGCAGGCCAAAUGGACAGGCUUAUGUCGAGAUGGCAACUGUUGCCGAUGCUCAUAAAGCAACCAGUAAGACCAAUGCCCGCAUCCAGGAUCGCAACAUCGUCAUGAGCGUCAUCACAAAAGGGUUCAUGAAGAAUUGCCUUGCUCAAGGCAAACCACCUCAGCAAGCAGGACCUGGGCUUCUCAGCAUCCCUCGAGGACCACCAUUCCCUCAUGCCCCUGGAAUUCGUCCACCCAUGGAUUUAAGACAACCUCUCCUUGGUAACAAAGCACCUCCGUUUGGGAUGAGAAACAACUCAGGGCCUAUGAGAGGCCCACGACUCCCUCCUGUUGAGGUACUUAUAGCUCGUGGAUGUGUUGUGGAAACUAGUAACCUGCCAUUUGACAUUCCCAUACCAGCUAUAAUUGAUUUCUUCGGCAAUCACAAUGUUGUGCCGGAGACUGUGAGGCUGAAGACCAACGAACAUGGGCGGUUCAGUGGAGAAGCCAGGGUAGCCUUCCGUACUGCUGAAGAUGCCAACCGGGCGAUAGCAGAUCUGAACAAGAGUAUUCUGGGAGGCAGAGUUAUUCGCCUGCAUUUGAUGCAACCUAUGUGAGGCGUCACCCUGAUCCAUCACUCUUGAGGUGUCUCUGUCAGAUGUCCUUGAAACCAUGGCGACGGACGCAUCAGAUGAGCAUCUUAUGGAGUGAAGAAGUUGCUCUCAGUCACCAUCUUCAUUUAAUUCUUUUCAUUUGAUUUGAGGGUGGAUCCAAAAGGGGAUGGGUUGUAAGAAGAGAGUGUCAGUAUAUGACUUCAUUCUAAAUUAACCCAUUAGCACUUGUACUGCAUUGCAUUACAUUACAUUCCUUGAUGAAUACAAAAAUCUACGCAGCGCUGGGGCAGUUUGGGGCGGUACUGGGAGUACCAGGCAGGGCAGUUUGGGGUGGUACAGGGAGUAACAAGCAGGGUGGUUUGGGGCAGUACAGGGACUAAUGGGUUAUGCUUUUACAAAUAUUUGCAAGUAACACACCCUAGGAAAAAAUAACUGCUUAUAACAAUAAGGCUACAUUUACAUUUGCCUUUGAUAAAAACAGGCAUGCAACUUUGCCUUCGAUCCGCUGAUUUCUUCGUAUUUUACUUCUCAUGAAUGUCAUUACAAAUCGAAAAAUACAUGUACUGUACAAAGUCUUGUGUGAUUGGGACUCUGGAGUGUCCUUGCUCUUUCUAAACUCCCAGUUACAUGCCUGCAUAAAAUUGCACUUUCCUGAUUGUAAUCUUAGAUUAGAGAAGCCUAUGUGUUGGAAAAGUGGAGUCAGAUGAUCCUGAUUAAUUAUUAUUUCCACCAAACUGAUCAUAAAUACAGGAGGGAAAAAAACACAAGAUUUUGAAAAGUGUGUACUCUACAUGUAUAUAUACAGUCGAACACCUUUAUACAGGCAUGCAACUGGGAAAUCACC